GGUACUACUAGCUUUGUCUGUUCCCAACUUUCAACUCUCUCUUCUCUCUCUCUCUCUGCAAUUAUUUUUCCCGUCUCCAAAGAUCAACCCUUUAAAAAUCAGUUCCUUCUCCACAGUACAAAACCCAACCCCAAGAUGCGCCUCUGUCUCCGUCUCUUCCAUCUUCUUCAAGCUUCCCUUCUUUCCUUCUCCUCUUGCCCAUCUUCUUUAUGAACUAAUGCUUACAAGAGAUUUUGUAGAUUGGUGCUCUUCUCCAAAAUGGACUUUGGGGUAGUGGGCUUGGAUAGUUUUGUGGAUUCUAGCGAUGCCCCUUCUCCUCACCCUGCUGCAGACCCUGAAACUAAGCUAAAAAAUCUUGGAUCUGUUUUCUCUAAGCAGGAUAGAUCUGGGUUUGUCGACGAUGACUGGAGGAACUCCAAGAUUCCCAAAACCGAAGCUGUCUCAGCUUCAAAGACAAUGCCGCUACAUCAAGGCUUCCCUUUACUGAGAUCUAAUACUUUGCUCUCCAGUGAUGGGCGCCAGAAGGAGCACAUGCUCAGCUUCUCUUCAGUCAAAUCUGAGACUUCCUUGCCAUCUAAAGACUCUGACCUGGUUCCAAGAAAUGCCCAAGCCUCCAUUUUCCAUUACCAUCAACAGAAACCUUCAGUCUACUCCAGAAAUACUGGAUGUGUUUCUGGAAGCUAUAGUGGUAGCAUGCAUGGGCCUGUAGCUGGGAUCAGAGGACCAUUUACACCAUCUCAAUGGAUCGAGCUUGAACAUCAGGCAUUGAUCUUCAAAUACCUCUCUUCAAAUGUGCCUGUACCUUCUAAUUUGCUCAUUCCCCUCAAGAAAUCGCUCUAUCCCUAUGGCUUGACUAGCUCUUCUGCUGGAUCCUUGCCUCCAAAUACAAGGUGGGGUUCUUUCCAUUUGGGUUUCUCCGGCAACACUGAUCCUGAGCCGGGAAGGUGUCGUCGAACCGAUGGAAAGAAAUGGCGGUGCUCUAGAGAUGCCGUUGCCGAUCAGAAGUAUUGUGAAAGGCACAUAAAUAGGGGCCGCCAUCGUUCAAGAAAGCCUGUGGAAGGCCAGACUGGCCACUCCGCCCCUGGGACCACUAAUCCAACAGCCAUGGUGGCGACGAUGACGUUGUCACCGGUGAUGCCCAGCGGCGGUGCAUCCAACAACCACCCUAUCAUUCAACACCAGCUCAAGAGCUUGCAUCCUGGUGCUGCUUCCAAUCCAGCCGACGCCCCCGUCAAUAGGUUGAUAAACAAAGAGACUGUGUGUAGCAGAGUCCAAGAGCCUGGGGGCCUCUCAAGGAUGUCUUCCACCGUCAACCUCAUAUCAUCUAAUGAUAAGUCUGGUGUAAAACAGGAGAUUUCAUUAGGAGAAUCCACUCAAUCUGAAUUUGGACUUGUUUCCACUGAUUCCCUCCUGAAUCCUUCUCAGAGGGGCUCUUAUGCCAAUCCCAAAAACUAUGACUCCUUCCUAAUCUUCAAUGACCAGGAAACCCAAGACCAAGACCAACAUCCACUUCGACAGUUCUUCGAAGACUGGCCCAAGGACCAGUCGAGUCGUUCGGUCAUGACUUGGCCUGAAGAAUUUAAGUCAGAUUGGACACAGCUCUCCAUGUCAAUACCAAUGUCUGAUUUCUCCUCAUCGUCAUCCUCACCGACGCAUGAGAAGCUGGCUCAAUCCCCACUCAGGCUGUCUAGGGAGCUUGAGCCAAUCCAGAUGAAUUUGGGGGUAAGCAGGAACGAUGGAGAGCUAGUUCAAAAGCAAAGUAACCAGAUAGCAAUGUCUUGGGGAAGUUCAAUGGGGGGUCCUUUGGGAGAGGCAUUGACCAAUGGCAGUAGCUGUGUGAAGGCAAGCAAAGUGCCACCAUCACUAAACCUCCUGGGCGAAGGAUGGGAUGGCAGUCAGCUGGGAUCGUCGCCUACUGGCGUGUUGCAGAAGGCGACAUUUUGCUCCCUUUCGAAUAGCAGUUGAGAAGAAGCAGCAGCUCGAAGGGGGACGAGCAGGCUGAGAAGAAGAAGAAGAAAGCCAAUGUUGCUGCUGGUUCAUCAAGCUCCUUUCUUCCUUUUCUGUGGUCAGGAGCUCUCAUCAGUAUUCAUGAAGAAGGAAUGGAAACAAAAAAACGACGAAGAGAGAAAAAAUGGGGGAAGUCUGGUGGAAUAUGUGAUUGAUUCAGAAGUUGGGACCUUUUUUAAUUUGUUCCAUUUUCCAGCUCAGUGUAAUCUUUUUUUUUUUUUUCUUUUCUCCAACUUAUUUGUUUGUUUGUUUGGUUUUCAAAAAGUAUUGACUUGGAGUUGAUUAUAAUUCGAACAGGGGGCAUUCACUAUUUUUUCUUCCCCUUGAUGUGGAUUUGUUGUUAAUCUACAGUUUUGUGAAUUCGAAUGAAAAUUCCCAAUCCAUAUCAAGUA